UGAUCACAAUGAUUUCGAAUCGACUACUCGAGUUUUUGCUGCUAUUUUUGAUGUUUGUCACACACGUCGCUUCGCGUGGAGUGAAAGGUGAAGACAGCGCGACUGUUGCACAAAUCAAUAUGCACGACUCUGUUGGAGGGAAUGAUACAGCAAAUGAUUUGACGUUGAGAACAAUGGUGGAAAUGAAAGGGUGGAAAAGAUACCGUGGGAAAGCAGGUCCGCCUGGAAGACCAGCGCCAGAAAACAAAUGCAACUGCAACUGCAACUGCUGUUCGCGUCUGGAGGAGAUAGAAAAGAAACUAUUGAAUCUGACUGCAGUGGUCAAUCAGUUACAGUCACAAAAGGCAGAGAAUGAAACAGAAAGCACAACCAAGAAAUGCAACACCAACAAUGAAAGAAGGUACACAAGUUGUCAAGAGGCUAAACAGUUAGGCAAACUGCCGAGUGGCGUGUACACUUUGGACCUUGGAGAUGGAUUGGACUUGUUUCAAGUGUACUGUGACAUGUCGACAGACGGUGGUGGCUGGACAGUGUUUCAGAGACGCCAGGACGGUUCUGUCGACUUCUACCGCGGAUGGUCUGACUACAAAAUCGGAUUUGGAGACUUGAAUGGAGAAUUCUGGUUGGGAUUAGACAAAAUACACAGAUUGACAAAUCAGGCACAGACUCUUCGAGUCGAUCUAAUGGAUUUCAGUUGUAGUCGAGUAUAUGCCAACUACACAGGAUUUCAGAUAAGUGAUGAGUCGAGUAAUUACGCUCUGACCUACACAUCAUACAGUGGAAACGCAACCGAUGCAUUGGCUUGGCAAAAAGGGAUGGCCUUUACGACGAAGGACAAAGACAACGACAUGAUAAAUCUGGGCCACAAUUCCUGGACAAGUGCCAAUUGCGCUAUUGACUUCAAAGGAGCUUGGUGGUACCGUCACUGUCACAAUUCCAAUUUGAAUGGUCUCUACUUAAAAAAUACAAGUUCUAAAAACUACGAGGGAAUCGUUUGGUCUAAUUGGCAACCUGGUAUUCCUUUAAAAUUUACAGAAAUGAAGCUGCGUUUUCAUUCGUGAACGACGGUUCGUAGUGUUUUUAAUUUGCCUUGACUCAACACGACGAUUCUGAUACAAAGCAAUGUAAUACGUUGUAACAGCAAAAAGUAACAGCAAAAUGCAGUAGUGCUUUACCGUAAGAAGAACGCUAUGCUAGAGCUAAAAUAAAAUUCAAAUUUAAAAAUUUUUGUUCCCGUUUGACGACUUUGCUUUUUAUUGUACCU